AUGAGCGACCUGAAGUAGCAGAACCUGCAGCUGUAGAAAGAGAUUUCUUGGGGAAGUCUAUUGACCUUAUAAGAAAUAAAGAAGUUGGCAUUAAGCAAGACAAAUCUGUCUUCAGAUCUCAAGCUGAAGUUACUCAGGUGCCAGAUGGAGAGCUGGAGGCUCUCUGCUCUUUUUGCACCAUUAAGAUAAGCAAGAUGCAUGACCAGCUGAUCUCUAAGCAGUCAAGUGGUGGCAAACCAAGAAAGCUGCAGCAUGAAUCCACACCAAGGAAACUGAGGAAAUUGGACACCAGUGACUCGAACUGCGUUGUUCCUCUUCGGCUCAUGAAUAGAAUUCACUUGAAAAAUAUCAGGGAGACAACAAAGCAGGUGACAGAAGCUGUAGUGCAUAAAUCCUCACUGUGCCCUGACUGUAUGAAGAAAAAGGCAGAGCUGGCCAAGAUUAACUUUCUCAGACAAAAGAAGACUCUAGUAGAAAGAGCUUUGCUUCAGGAAAAAAUGGAAGAACAGAUUUACUCCAGAGAUGUGCUCACGCUUAUAGGAGAAACACUCAGAAGUCUCCCCAAACUUUCAGAGGAUCCCAGCAACGUAUGGCAACGGCUGAAAGAGAAAGGUCAGAAAAAUGUAAGGCCUGAAACUGGUAAACAUAACUCAAGGACAUAAAGAACUGGGAAAGUCUCCUGCAGGCAGCCAUGUACUGAAUGCCAACUAUUGUGGAUGUAACCUGUUUUGUCAGUGAUGAAUUGAGUGGUGGUUUAAUAUUCCUGCAGGUGGAACCAGAUAUGCCCAGCAUGCUGCAGUUUGGGUUGUGAUUGAACUCCCAGUUCUUUCCAAAUGCAAAUGCUGCAAUACAGUAUAAUCCAGCUAAAUGC